AUGUAUUUUAGAAAGGAGAGAGUGAAACUUCACGGGAAAACAAACUUUGAAUAUCGAUCAUUAGGUAGAAAAAGACCAGAAGAUGCACCAAGAUUAGAGUUUUUAUCAACACCAAGAGAAUAAAAAUUUGAUUAAGUAAUAGCAAAGAGAUUAGCAGCAACAAUAUAAAAUCCUCUUUCUUAAUCUUAAGAAUUUUAUAAAAGUGCUCAUAAAACAAUGAAAUAACAUCCUGAAAUAAGUCGACCAAGGUAUAUAAUUAAUAAGAUAGUAAGAUUUGCCCAUUUAGAAGAGAAACCAAGACGAAAACCAGUUUGGGUUGGUGAUUCAUAUUUAGUAUAUACAGAUGUAGAAGGAAGAGAAGUAGGAAGAUAUAAUCAAGAUGGAUAAUAAUAAAGUAAUAGUAUUUUGGUAUGUCAGCUACAUAGAAAGCUGAUCUUGCUUAAGCUAAAAGAGAUGAACAUGGUUAAGCAAUAUAGGAAACUUAAUUAGUUGGGAUGGAAGAGUAUGCUAAAAAUACAUUAGAAGGAAAAGUGGAUAUAACUAAAGUAAAGGAGAUUAGAAGAGCGAUAAGAAGAAGAUAUGCUAAUCGUAAGAAUUUUUAGAAGAUUUUUACAUUGUGGGAUGAAGAAGGAAAAGGAAAAGUUACUGUGAAGAAUAUUUAUCAUAUGAUUAAAAAGUUAGGAUUAAAUAUGAAUCUAGAUGAAGUUAGAGUAUUAGUAGCAAGUGCUGAUGAAGAUUUAAGUGGAGAUUUAAAUUUAGAUGAAUUUAUGAAUUUAAUAUUUAAUGAUAAUGAAGCUUUAAAUGUGGAUUUAGGAAAAUUAAAAACUCUUAAUGGGGAAUAAGAAUAAUAAUUAUUAGAAGGAGAAGAUGAUUAAAUUUAAGAUGUUUUAAGAGAAAAAAUGCAUGCUCAAGUUGAAAAUAGAUAAUUUAAUUAAUUGAGUCUAAUAUUAAAGAAUAAGUUAUCUUAGUUAAAUAAUUCAUUUAUAGAAUUAGAUCCAUCUAAAUAGGGACAUGUUAAUUUUGAAAGAUUUAGUGAAGCUAUUUAGAAGUAAAUUUAUUAUAUUUAUUUAUUUAGAUUAUAAAUAUCUGAAAAAAUUGUUAAUGAUGAAAUUAUUAAGAAGUUUUAUGAUAAAUUUAAAAAAGAUGAAUAUUAAAUAGAUUAUAGAAACUUUUUAAAACAUUUAAAGGAAUUUGAAUUAUAAAGUUAAUAUUAAUAGAAAGAAGAAAAGAAAUAAAAACCAGUUAUGACAAUUUCAUUAAAUCCUCUUUAAGAAGAAGAGAAAGUACAUAUAUUUGAUUAUACAAAAAUUAAUUCACAUCAUUUGAAUAAUAUAAGAUAGAGAGCAACAAGAAUGAUGAAAGUUUUAUAAAGAUACCUACCUGAAAAAAAUUAGUUUAUUGAAUAGAUUUUAAAUCCUAUAAAAUCUUAAUAUAUAAAUGCUCCAGAUCUUACUAAUUAACUUCAAAAUUAUUUAUAAAAUUGUGGUGAAAAAAUUGACACUAAAGAUCUAGGAGCAUUACUUUCUAUUAUGCAAUAUAAUAAUUUAUAAGUUCCAAAAGAUAUGGUUGGAUUUUAUAUUUAUGAAGAAGGUGAUGAUGAUUUUUAUGAGAGAUGUUCUUAGAAAAGAAAAGGUCCUGCUCCAUUAAAUAAAGCUGUUGAAUUAACACUACCUGCUUAAGAUACUUAAAAAUCUACAUUUUAUGAUCCAGGAUUUGGAUUAUCAUCUUUAUCAAAUAAAUUUUCACCUGAAAUGGGUUAAAUGUUAUAAAAAGUAGAAUAAUGUAUUUUUAGAGCAAGCGCUCGUUAAUAUGAUAUAUACAAUUCAUUCGAUAAAGAUAAAGAUGGUAAUUCUUUUGUUUAAUAUUAGGUUUUAUUUCUCAUGAGGAUUUAAAAAAGAAAUUAUAAGAAUUACAUAUAUUAUCAAAUAAUGAAGAAUAAUUACUCAUUCAUUAUUUGGAUCCAGAAAUGAAAGGUUCAGUUAAUUUUUAAGAAUUUUCAUCUAAAUUGUAUCCUGGAAUGACAUUAUAUGAUAGUAAAGGUAGUGUUGGAGUUGUUCCUUCUCUUUAUCCAGCAAAAGAAAGAAAUGAAAAUAUGAAAAGUAAAUUACCAUAAAUAACACGAUCUUUUGAAGAUAAAUCCUAAAGCAUGUAAUAAUUAAAAGCAGCAACUCGUUUUGGAGCUACUCCUUAACAUAAAAAUACAUUUUUAAAUGUUCAAAGACCUCCUUAAGAUUCUGCUCUUUUUUUAAAUGAAGAUGGAAGAUUUGAGAAAAAUGCUCAUUUACGUUAUUUAAGGGAGGAUCAAGAAAAAGAAAAAAACAUUUAUGAGAAUAAAUUAAAUCGUAUUCGAAAACAUCAGAAUGAAAUCCAAGAACGAAUCGAAUAGAACUAUCAAUUGUCAUUGUAAAAGGAUAGUGAAAAAUGUAAAGUUAAAGGAUUAGCAGCAUGGAGUUAUGAAUAGAGAGCUCAUAUGUAAAAUGAUUGGAAAUGAAACAUUUAUAUAUUAAUUCUUGAUACACC